UAAGCCCGCGCUGCCCGAGGCCACGCCCCUCCCGCCAUGGCGCUGGAGCGGGUGCAGCGGGACCCGGCGGGCGCGGGUCGGUUCGGGUCCGCGGUGCCCGAGCUGUGCCGGUCCCGGCCCUGCGCCCUGGGCGUGGACGAGGCGGGGCGGGGGCCCGUGCUGGGCCCUAUGGUUUACGGGCUCUGCUAUUGCCCCAUUGAGAAACUGGAGGAACUGGAAGCCAUGGGGGUCGCAGACUCGAAGACGCUGUCGGAGGGGGAGCGCGAGCGGCGCUUUGGGCUCCUGGAGGCGGCGAGCGAUGUCGUGGGGUGGGCGCUACACGUGCUGCCCCCCCAGCACAUCUCGGCCUGCAUGCAGCAGCGGGCUAAGUACAACCUAAACGAACUCUCACAGGACACGGUUGCGGGACUCAUCCAGUUCGCGCUGGACGAGGGAGUGAAGGUGGCCCAGGUGUUCGUGGACACGGUGGGCCCCGCAGCCCGGUUCUCGGCGCGGCUCCGUGAGCUUUUCCCGGCGCUCGACGUCACCGUCAGCCCCAAAGCCGAUGGGAUCUUCCCGGUCGUCAGCGCCGCCAGCAUCUGCGCCAAGGUCGCUCGGGACUGUGCUGUGAAACACUGGAAAUUUGAGGAGGAUUUGGGGGAGAUCGACCGCGAUUACGGCUCCGGGUACCCCAACGAUCCCAAGACGAAGCAGUGGCUGCGGCGGCAGCUCCAGCCCGUGUUCGGGUUCCCGGGAUUCGUGCGCUUCAGUUGGGGGACAGCACAGGAGCUGCUGCGGAGGGAGGGGGUCCCCGUGGAGUGGGCUGAUGAUGACCACCAGGCAGACCCCACUGCCCCCUCCUCUCUCCUCUCCUACUUCGCCCGGACACCCCCCCGCCGCCCCCCCCACCGCUUCUUCCAGGAACGAAACCUGCGGCCCCUGGCCGAGCUGUGACCCCCCCCACCCCCCCCAGAGCAGGAGAACAC